UUGGGAAGAACGUCGCACAUAAACAGAAAGAGGGAUGCAUACUUCUUAGUGCACUUAUUGCUAUUCUGCUGACCAGAAUGAUUUAGCAGUGCCUUUACCUGUUCAUAGCCCAUGCCUGAGUUUUAUAGAGCGAGUCUCAGACAGGUGUGUGCUAUGGCAGUCCCGUUCAGAAUCCCCAAAAAGAAGCAGCCGACAGAUUCAUGCAGUCUUGACAUGAUGUCUCCUCUGUCUCGACUCCAGGACAGCAACUCGCAGAAGGGGCAGUGGGUUUCAGGCACUUAUAACGGAAGAACGCUUCAAAAAAACAGUUGUAAUGGAAAUGUUCUGUCAAAAGACACUCAGAGGAGUGAAUCGCUGAGACCCGUCAGGCCGUCUCUCGGCGGUGAUUUUUCUCCGGACUCACGCGCACGCUCGGAUAACAUUCCCAAAGGAGCCACACGUGGACUGGUCCGUUUUAAAAUGAACAAACAACCCAUAAAAGUCUGCCCCAUUCAGGCGAGCAGGACACCCAGUAAGGUGUCAGAGACUCCCGGAUUGAGAGCCCAGUGUCAAACUCCCACCCCAGGGAGAGACUUCGCGGGAAACAACAGAUGGAGACCCAAAAGAGCAUCGGAUACUCUUCUCUGCCAUGAUGAGAACCAUACGGGCACGUCUGAGAGCUCUUUGUUCAAGAUUCGCAGAGGCCUGGAUUCUGGGGAACUGGAGGCAUUUGGGCUUUUCCAUGAGGAAGAAGAAUCCGAAGGAACGCAAGGCCACUCUCAGGUGAAAGAGACACAGAGGUCGUCCGCUUCAGAGGACACGGCACACGUUUCACGGGAUGACCGCAAAUUAAAAACCACAGGUUCUGUUUGUGACGUCUCUAAGAACGCAGCAAGCAAAAGCAAGAAUGGAACCGUGUUGAAUGAAGAAUCCACACCGUCCAAUCAUGAACCCAGCCUACACUCGUACCGCUCUCUUCAGGAAGCUCCAGCCAGGCACGUGAGGACCUCUGGAGAAAGAGCUGCCACCUCUGUGCCUGUUAGAGAAGGCCCACUGGCUUUCCCUCCGGAGGCCAAGAGCAAAGACCCUUUUGGCUCGUUUUACAGCAACAAAUUCGGGAGGAAGCCCCGGGUUUUCUGCAAGACCUACAAGAGAUCCAAGCCUAGCUCCACAGAGCCAAUCGUGCUGUCCAGCGAUGAUGAAGGAGCUGAUGAGGUGAAUGAUGCGUCUGGAAGUUUGCAAGAGCAGCGGAUCUCCGAGGGGAUCAGGGACGCUCAGUCAGGGAACCAGAAGAGCCCAAAGACAAACGCAGGAGGUGAAAGGUCAGCGACCAAAGUAGAAGUGCCUUCCAUCAUAGAACUGGACUUCAGCAGACUCCAUUACGACACCGUUGAGGCCCAGGCCAACGGGACCAUUGUGAUCACAGAUGAAGGCAUCUCUGUACCACUGAAAGGUGUUGAUGGGGAGGGUGAGGUAGCCGUUAGCGUGUCCUGCUCUGAGCUGCUCUUGUACGGCGUGUGGGAUGGCGGACUGGCCCGUGACGGCAGUUUGUUUUCAAACACAGAGGAGCCCGCACCUUCUCUCCUCUUCCUCGUGUUGUCAGACGCUCAAGCCAGGCUGCUCCAGAAAGAGCUGUCUGUGCUGCACACUGUACAUGCUUCAGGACAGGCCUGUCCUUUCGUCCUGCUGGUGUUGACCGGUCAGUUGGAGGAUCUUCAGGCAGCUCUGUUGGCGUCUCUCAUGGACGUAAUUGGCCUGCGUCAUGGUCAGAGCUGUUUGAGUAACUCUCUGUCCUGGUCAGAUGGACUAAAUCAGCUUCAUUGCCACCUACGGGGCGAACAUCUUAUGUCCCUGCUGGGACAAAAUGUGAAGGAUGCUGGACAGGACACGGCAAAGGAGAACUCAAGUGGGACCAGCAGCUGGCUAAGAGAGCCAACAGUCAGAAGACCCCUGCGGAGCCACAGCCGGCAACAGAGCUCACCUCGCAGGCUGAUCCAGUACCCGCCUCCCCCCUCCAAGGGCGGCAUUACCGUGACAACCGAGGACCUGGAGUGCCUCAAGGAUGGCGAGUUUCUCAACGACGUCAUCAUCGACUUCUACCUCAAGUACCUUCUGUUGGAAAGAGCUGACAAAGAUGUGGCCGAAAGAUCUCACAUCUUCAGCAGCUUCUUCUACAAGCAACUGACUCGGAAGAACGCUAGCUGUCCUGAAGACUCUGGAAGCACAGCUUCACACAGACGACAUCAGAGAGUAAGAACAUGGACCCGUCACGUGGACAUAUUUAGCAAAGACUACCUUUUUAUUCCCGUAAAUCAUGAGGCUCACUGGUACCUCGUGGUGAUCUGUUUUCCCGGUCUGGAACAGUCUGAGUGGUUACCGUGGAGAAACAAAGGCCCUGUGUCCCAGGAUAAGAGUCAGACGGCUAAAGCCAGCUCUGCGGGGACUGUCAAAGAGAUAGUUCUCAGCAACCGAAAGGAAACCGAUCGAAACCCACUGAGCAGAAACCCCACAACCUACCGGAUUGCACUGUACACAGCUGCACAAGAGAUACCAUCCGCAGGAGUAUUACAAAUGCCCUGUAUUCUGGUCAUGGACUCCCUGAAGCUGUCGUCCCACCAGCGGAUCUACACGCUGUUGCGAGAGUAUCUGCAGGUGGAAUGGGAGGUUCGGAAAGAAAGCGCUCGGGCUUUUACCACUGAAAGCAUUAACGGGAGUCUGUGCAGGGUCCCUCUGCAGGACAACAGCAGCGACUGCGGCCUGUACCUGCUGCAGUACGUGGAGAGCUUCCUGCAGAAUCCCGUGGUGCACUUUGACCUCCCGCUGCGAUUGGACCAUUGGUUUCCGAGGAAUCAAGUGCGCAGGAAGAGGGAGGAGCUACGAGAGCUGGUGCUGCAGCUGUACCAGCGACAGGGGGGCGGGGCUGAACAGAGCGCCAAAUAAAAACAGCCGGGAACAUGUCCUGUUACUAAACUAAUAAUUAGGGCCUCCUGUUUAGUUUGUUCGCUCGUCCCGUUUUAUUUUAUUCGUUUUUCUUUUCUACUGAUUAACAGAUAAAGGAUAUAUUUAUAAUUUAACUUUGUAUUUAUUUGUAUUAAAAUGGCUUUUAAAUGUGAC